AUGCGGAUCAAUACAUUAUCGUUAUUUUCCCUCGUGAGCCUGGUACCUACCCUUGCGUUAGCCAGCCUGUCUGGAUCUGUAGGACCAUUAACAUCGGCCUCGACUAAAGCCGCCACCAAGACUUGCAAUGUCCUCGAUUACGGAGCUAAAGCUGAUAAGACCACUGAUCUCGGGCCCCCUCUGGCAUCUGCGUUCGCCGACUGCAAAUCUGGAGGUUUGGUUUAUGUGCCGUCGGGAGAUUAUGCACUGUCAACCUGGGCUAAAUUGAGUGGUGGCAAGGCAUGGGCACUGCAGAUUGAUGGAACCAUCUACCGUACCGGCACAGACGGUGGAAACAUGAUCUUUAUUGAACAUUCCAGCGAUUUCGAGCUCUUCAGUAGCACAUCGUCGGGUGCCAUGCAGGGCUUGGGUUAUGAGUACCACAAAGAUAACAAAUGGAGUGGGCCUCGCCUUUUGCGACUCUAUGAUGUUACGGAUUUCUCGGUUCAUGAUUUCAUCCUUGUCGAUGCCCCUGCUUUCCACUUUUCCCUGGAUACUUGCACCAACGGCGAAGUAUAUAACAUGGCAAUCCGUGGUGGCAACCAUGGUGGCUUGGAUGGUGUUGAUGUUUGGUCAACGAACGUUUGGAUUCAUGACAUCGAGGUAACAAACAAGGAUGAGUGUGUCACAGUCAAGAGCCCUUCAAAGAACAUUUUGGUUGAGAAUAUCUACUGCAACUGGAGCGGUGGAUGCGGUAUGGGCUCUCUUGGAAAGGAUACCGAUAUCAGUGAUAUCACGUACCGGAACAUCUAUACCUGGAACUCGAACAACAUGAUGUUCAUUAAGAGCAAUGGUGGUAGUGGCUCUGCGACUAAUCUGCUGUUUGAGAACUUCAUCGGCCACGGAAAUGCCUAUUCGUUCGAUAUUGACAGCUACUGGGCCAGCAUGAGCUCCCAGGGAGGAAAUGGUGUCGAACUGAGCAACAUCACUCUCAGAAAUUGGAAGGGCACCGAGGAGAAUGGUGCUUCAAGAGGACCUAUCAAGAUUGUUUGCCCAGACGGCGCCCCUUGCUACGAUAUCACCAUUGAGGAUUUCGCCAUGUGGACCGAGGACAGUUCCAGGCAGCGGCAAUGGUACUCUUGCCGUAAUGCUUACGGCACUGGGUUUUGUCUCAAAUCCGGCUCUAACCACGUUGCUUAUGAAGCGACCACGACCACAGUCUCAAGCGCCCCAUCUGGCUAUUCGGCGGCAACAAUGGCUGCCGAUCUCAAGACGGACUUCGGUAUUACAGCCUCCAUUCCGAUCCCGACCAUCCCCACCUCCUUCUACCCUGGAGCGACUCCGUAUAGCGCUUUGAUGGCCAACAAAGGCUCGACAGCGAAGGUCCGGGCGGUUGUGGCGCCCUCUAAGCCAACAACGGUUGCUGCGGCGACCUCCACCCCUGCUGAGCAGCAGACAUCCACUAGCACACCAGCUCCUGCGGUGGAGCAGCCUUCGCAACAAUCUCCCGGACAAUCUGCCGGUGAAGUUGGUGGUUGUCCGUUCGGAAAUGGCAGGUCCGUACCCACAGGCCCUCCUCGUGCUGGCCAUCGUCAUCAUCAACGCCAUGGCCAUCACUAG